CUCUUGUUUCCACACGGACGGGUUCGAGAAGAGAAAAACAUCGCGAGUUCCCUCUCAUUUUGGCAGUUGGCUAAUCUGUGGUAACUGCUAACUCGCUGUCAAUUUAGUGUACAUUGUAUUGCUGUGAACGUUCGGAAAUACUACAUAUAGAUAAAGUUUCUGAGUGAGAAAGACAGCGAGAUAUUUUUUGACCGUUUAAGUAUCCACGAUGUCGUCUCCUCUGGAAAUGACCGAGCUAUAUGACAACGCACUACUUGGCAUUCUGCAGCAUGUUGGAAACAUACAGAACUUUCUGCAGGUUUAUUUUGGUUUCCUCUAUCGAAAGACGGACUUCUAUCGGCUGCUUUCCAGCCCAAACGACCGAAUGGGUUUCCCACCCGGAGUGGCGGAGAAAAUGGUUCUCAAGACCUUCAAAGUAUUUGAGAGGGUAGCAUUACAGGACAGAGAGAGGGCUCUACAGGAGGCAGAACUGAGGGAAAGGGAAAAGAGGACAGCUCCCCCUGCUGUCCAGGAGGUAAUAGUACAAGCAGAAGAGGCAGGGGCAACAGUGGCAACAACAGCUCAAGAAGUGGAAGAGACUGCAGAAGCCCCACCGGCAGCCGUGGAACAGGCACCGCCUUCAAACCCAGAGCCUGUCUGCGGUGAUGCUGCCCAACCACCAGAGGGCAAGCCGUCCGAGCCCAGCCCGGGUGCGAUCGGACCAGCUCCAGGGCAGGUGCAGUUCCAGGCUAACCCAGACAGCUAUAACGGUGCCGUCAGAGACAAUUACAGCUGGUCUCAGGAUUACACCGACGUGGAGGUCCGGGUGCAUGUGCCCGCCCACGUCCAGCGCGGCAAGCAGGUGUCGGUGAGCCUGCAGACAGGAAGCGUGCGCGUAGCCGUGAGGGAGGGGCCGGCAGAGACGGUGCUGAUGGAGGGGGAGCUCACUCACAAGAUCAACACUGAGAACUCACUCUGGAGCCUGGAGCCCGGAAGCUGUGUGCUGCUGUCUCUCAGUAAGAGCGGGGAGGUGUGGUGGAGCGCCGUGCUGAAGGGGGAGCAGGAGAUCGACGUGAACCAGAUCAACCGGGAGCGCUCCAUGGCCAGCGUGGACGAGGAGGAGCACGCCGUGCUGGACCGGCUCAACUUUGACUACCAGCAGAAACUGCAGGGCAAGCCCCAGAGCCACGAGAUGAAGGUGCAUGACAUGCUGAAAAAGGGCUGGGAUGCAGAGGGCUCCCCUUUCAGAGGACAGUCCUUUGACCCGUCCAUGUUCGACAUCCAGCCCAGCGCCGUGCAGUUCUGAGAGUCUCCCAGCCAAUCACCUGCCACUACACAUACAGGGAGAAGAUUUUCAGACACGCAUAAACAGACAUUCAAAUGCGCGCAUGCACGCUCUCAUGCGCACACACACACACACACACACACACACACACACAGAACGGCACACAUGCACACACAGGCUCAUACAUACAGACGCAUACUCAAGAGCCACUUCAUCCGGUUGACCCUGGGAAUUCUGGGUACUCCCCUGUCAGCGCAGCACAGUCCCUGCAGCAAUGAGGAAAACUGACAGCCAAGACGGCGCGAUUCAGAACAGCCUAAAGACACAGUGGUACAGUCCUGUGGGAUUUACGCUGGCCUUCUGUGGAGCGAAGACCGCUUCUUGGAUGCUGAGACAUUUUUUGCGUGCGUUGGGCUUUAACUUUUUUUUUUAUUAUUUUGUAAAGCUAAGUGGCCAUCUUUGUCUGUCCAUAGUAAAUUGUGAAUACAGGAGCCAAGAUGCCAUCCCUCUCUUUCACUGUAUGACUUUGUCUUCACCAGUUCACCCGUCUAUUUUACAAUAGUACCAAAGUGCACUGGAGCAGCAGCCACUGUAAUUAAGAUGGGUUCUCUCUGCCACGCACUGAUGGGAAAUGGCUAUAAAUCGGAAUUCUGGGAAACGUUUCAGGCAGUGUCUAAGCUCAGUGUGUCUUGUGCAUUCCAUUCGCACUGCCGACACUGCCCAGUUUACAGACUAAGUGCUCUGAGACUUUGAUUGAAUCAUUCUUCAGAGAGGGAACAGGAAAUGUUUGUGAAUGGGAGGGGAAAAAAAGUAUGGGUCCUGUACGCACUGGAAUUUGGUUUUGUCAUCAUAAACACGAGGUCAGAAGUUGCUUCGGGUAUGUUUAUUGGAGUAGCCGGCUUUCGUUUCUUUAAAGUGAGCAGUUUUUGGUAUUUAUUGUCAUUGCGUUCAUACUCAUAUUACGUUGCACUCCAAAAGGAGUUUAUAAAGUAGCUGCACUUUUAACUUAGAGAGAUUUGACUUGUGAACACAGCGGCAGUGUGGGUUAUUUUCCCGUUCCAGUGAGUCGUUGAUGGCAUCAGUGCGUUGGCUGCGUGGUUAAAACUUCUCUACUCUUUUCAGUUGGAUUUUUUUGUCUUAUUUGUGUGCCUAUAAAUUAAUAAUAAAUAUAUUCAUUCCUUCUCUUGA